AUGCUGAGGAGUUGGAGAAGAGGACUGUGGAACUAUCGCAGCAUUGUCCUGAUCAUUCUUUCACCACUCCUGCUGCUUCCUCUUCCUCUCGUCAUAGGGACGAAGGAGGCAGAAUGUGCUUUUGUGUUGCUGCUGAUGGCCGUGUACUGGGUGACGGAGGCCAUUCCUCUGUCCAUGACCGCCAUGCUCCCCGCCAUCCUCUUCCCCAUGUUUGGCAUCAUGAACUCCUCCAGCGUGGCGAAGGAGUAUUUUAAAGACUUUCACUUCUUGCUCAUGGGUGUCAUCUGUCUCGCCACGUCCAUUGAAAAGUGGGGCCUCCAUCAGAGAAUGGCCCUGAGGCUGGUCACUGUGGUGGGAGUCAACCCCGCGUGGCUGAUGCUGGGCUUCAUGUCCAGCUGUGCGUUUCUCUCCAUGUGGGUCCACAACACCUCGGCUGUUACCAUGAUGAUGCCCAUCGUGGACGCCGUUCUUCAGCAGAUCCUGAAGGCCAACGAUGGGGGGUGUGCUGGUGAAGACAACCCUGACCUGCAGCUGGACGAUGUGUCCAUAUCUCCUGGCACCCGAUCCAUCCAGUCCACAGCAUCCACAGCCGUAAAGAGAAACUUCCCCAAAAACAUCCCCCACUCUCUGGAUGCGGCUGUGAGCCUGCCUACAGCUCCCAGCAGGAGAAGACGGGACCUGAUGAUGUGCAAAGCCAUGUGCAUCGGCAUCGCCUACUCCUCCAACAUCGGCGGCAUCGCCACGCUGCCAGGAACCUCUCCCAACCUCAUCUUCUCUGAGUACAUCAACCAGAUUUACCCAAACUGUAACUGCAUAAACUUUGGGAACUGGCUCCUGCUGUGUCUGCCUAUCAGUGUCAUCAUGCUGCUGCUGACAUGGAUGUGGCUGUGCUGGCUCUUCAUUGGCUCAGACUUCAAGUUCCUGUGGAAACGUGGAGGAGAGCAAUCUGAGGAAAAGAAGGCAGCAAGAAAAGUGAUAGAAAAUGAGUACAGGUCGCUGGGAGCCAUGAGUUCUCAGGAGAUCUUCACUGGAGUAGUUUUCUUUGUGAUGGUGUUGUUGUGGUUGACCAGAUCUCCAGGUUUCAUACCAGGCUGGGCCUCUCUCUUCCCUCAUCACUCGGGCUACAUCACAGAUGCCACCGUGGCUCUGCUGCUGGGACUCCUCUUCUUCAUCGUACCUGCCUAUGGACCCUCCAGAAAAUAUGAGGCCAUGAUCUCCUGGAAGGAGUUCCAGGCCUCAAUGCCGUGGAAAGUUGCCCUGCUGGUCGGUGGAGGAUUUGCACUCGCUGAAGGCACAAAGGAGUCGGGCCUGUCUUUGUGGGUGGCUGAGCUGCUGACACCUCUGGGUGAUCUUCCAGUCUUGGCCACAAUCACAGUUGCCUGCAUCAUUGUCACCACACUAACCGAGGUGGCCAGCAACGCCGCCACCAUCACCAUCUUUCUCCCCAUCCUUUCUCCUCUGGCAGAGGCCAUCCACGUGAACCCGCUAUAUGUCCUGAUCCCCGCCACCCUGUGCACUUCCUUCUCCUUCCUCCUGCCAGUGUCCAAUCCACCCAACGCUGUUGUGUUUGCCUAUGGACACAUCAGUGUCAUAGACAUGGUGAAGGCAGGACUUGGCGUCAACGUGAUUGGUGUUCUUGCUGUCCUGCUGGCUGUGGCGACGUGGGGAGUGCCUCUAUUUGCUCUGGAUAAGUACCCUGACUGGGCGCCGGUUCUCCCUAAUUUCAACUCCACAGCACCUUGA